GAGAGGAAGAGUUAGACACAGUAUUUCAGAUGGUAGCUUACAGGCAUCCAUGUGAAUAAUAGUAUGAUGGUCGGCAUGUUAAUGUACAGUACACAUGUUAUAUGUUAUAUUGGGGCUGUGGAGUGUGAAACGUAAAGCAGUGUAAAUCAUGGGCUAAGAUAAGAUAACAAAUACAGUCAUUAUAAUACUGAAAGUGAUAGCAAUGCAUGUUAAUUACCACUUUCUCAGUUGUUGAUACAGCAAACUAUGCCCUUGGGGUUUUCAUUGUGACAUCUUUUUAAAGUCAUGUAAUGUUAGCAAUGCAAAUUACCCUAGUAAUCUAAGCCACACAGAGCCUGAUCAAUAUCUAACCAUGCACUCUAACAUCAUUGAUUACUAUUUAUGGCAGUGUUACUAACAUCUGGAUGUGUCUGUGGUUAAAUGUCACCACACUGCGGACUGUCACCCUACUAUCUACCAGCUCUGUGUGAUUUAUUUUUCAUUUAGUUUUGAUUACAUUAACAACCUGUGGUUUGACAUAUGGCUAUCAGGCCGUCAUUGUUUCAGUGUUUGCUAUUAGGUGAGAACUGGCAGGAAGGAGAGCAGGAGUGCUCCCAUAUCCCAGUAACCCUGGCUUCUUGAGUGGACGGACAAUGCUGUGGGCUGGUCCACUGAGCAGAUUGCUGUGAGGCUAAGUAUAGCAUGAAUACAAGUAUAUCAGUAGAAAGCAAUGGGCCCCCCCUUUGUGACAAUGGAGGCAUUUCCCGCUGGGACAGAAAGCAAUCCCAAUGAAGACCCAGGUAACAGCCUUUUAAAAGCCGUAAUUGCUCAGCUUGAAAUGGGAAACCUAUGAACAAUACCAGAGCUACAAUUUCCUGUAAUGAUGGAAUUAUGUCUUUUACAAGAUGCUUUUAUGCUGUUACAGACAAACAAAAGGAUGUGAUAAUCAAUCUGUGUGGACUCCAGUUUGGGAGCAUUACGUUUCUAACCCUGGUUUACACAAAUAACGCAUGUACGGUCUGAGAGAAUAUGAGGUUUUCUCUUUGUUUUUGUCUUGAAACAGUCAGAGACAGUCGUUUUUUUUUUGCUCCCUUUGCUUCUGGCCUUACUUGUACCGAACACAGUAGACUGUGCUGGAAUAGUGUGUGACUUUGGCUGCACGAUCACAACAUACCAGGCAUGCCAUCGUCCUUAUACAAGCAGAGUCUGGACCCUGAGCUCAUUGCUUACUGGUACUGAUGAUGAAGAGAGUGUUGUGGAGCAAAGAGAUGACAGAGAUAAACCCGGGGAUAUCACACUGAUACAUGCGGAAUAAUCCGCAGUGGCCCACGUUGGAUUGUCGUCUAACCUUCUCACUCCCCAAUGGGCUGUUUCAGUGUAAACUAUUCUUUGAAGCAUCUUGAACAGCAGGAGUACGUUUGUUUUACUCUACAGGACUUUGUUGAGUGAACCAGACUUCCUUCCUUCCCUGUGACCCCCCUCCUCAGAAGCAGACUUGGUGCUGAGUGUCAGUAUGAGAUGUCGCCUCCAAGUGCCUCUUUCGUGCAAAUCAAGUUCGAUGACAUCCUCUUCUACGAGAACUGUGGCGGCGGCAGCUUCGGGAGUGUGUACCGAGCCAGGUGGAUCUCCCAGGACAAAGAGGUGGCGGUGAAGAAACUGCUGAAGAUUGAAAACGAGGCUGAAAUCCUCAGUGUCCUCAGCCACCGGAACAUCAUCCAGUUUUAUGGUGCAAUCGUUGAGGCUCCUAAUUAUGGAAUCGUCACCGAGUAUGCGAGUGGGGGAUCACUGUAUGAUUACCUGUCCAGUGCUGAGAGUGAGGAAAUGGACAUGGGGCAGAUCAUGACAUGGGCUGCAGAGAUCGCCAGAGGAAUGCACUAUUUACACUCAGAGGCCCCCGUCAAGGUGAUCCACAGAGACCUCAAGUCCAGGAAUGUUGUUUUGGCAGCAGACAAGGUUCUCAAGAUCUGUGAUUUUGGGGCAUCCAAGUUUCUGACCCACACAACACACAUGUCCUUGGUGGGCACGUUUCCCUGGAUGGCUCCAGAGGUGAUCCAGAGCCUGCCUGUGUCUGAGACUUGUGACACUUUCUCCUACGGUGUGGUGCUUUGGGAAAUGCUCACCCGUGAGAUACCCUUCAAAGGCCUGGAAGGUUUACAAGUGGCCUGGCUCGUGGUGGAGAAAAAUGAGAGGUUAACCAUCCCGAGUGGCUGCCCUGCCAGCUUUGCUGAGCUCAUGAGGAACUGCUGGGCAACAGAGCCAAAAGAGAGGCCAAUGUUCAAGCAGAUCCUCUCUACUUUGGAGUCCAUGUCUAAUGACAGCCAACUUCCUCAACAGUGCAACUCUUUCCUGCACAACAAGGCUGAAUGGAGGUGUGAGAUCGAAGCGACACUGGAGAGACUUAAGAAGCUGGAGAGAGACCUGAGCACCAAAGAGCAGGAGCUGAAAGAGCGAGAGCGCCGUCUAAAGAUGUGGGAGCGCAAACUCAUCGAACAGUCCAACAGCCCGUUGCUGCCAACUCUUGACAUCUAUACAUGGACAGAGGAGCACGUGUAUUUCUGGAUGCAGCAAAUAUUUGGCGCAGGGGAGGGCACAUGUGGGAUGCAGCUGUAUGCUGACCUGUUUAAAGAAAAUCACAUCACAGGAAAGAGGUUGCUUCUGCUCACAGAAAACGACAUGCGGGACAUGGGGGUCAAGUCCAAAGGUCACGUCAUGCACCUCAAGGGUGAAAUUGAAAAGCUAACGAAUGAUUAUCUGGGGUUAGUCCACUUCCCACCGCUGCUGAAGGAUGAGCUGGAAAAAGAGGUGGAGAGGAGUAAAACUGUAAAUCUGGAGUUGGUGUUUGGGUACCACUGGAAAGCAGGAACUGGGAAAUCUGACUGCAAAUGGAAAAUGUACAUGGAACUUGAUGGAGAUGACGUCGCAGUAACUUACAUCAAAGAUGUCAUCUUUAACGCCAACAGAAAGGAUGUGGAAACCCUGCGGAUGACUAAGCCACCAUUUGUGAUGGACAAGUGGAUCGUUGGGAUACAGCCGAACCAGAAGGUGGACUGCACAAUCAAUUAUGAGAAUGAUGUCAAGUCACCAAAGUCUACCAGAUACAGCUGUCCAGUGAUGUGGAGUAACAGUGGUGGACAAGAUGAGAUAAAGAACGUGGAGCUGGUCAUCGAAACAACACCAUCUUACAUUGACUGGCACCCCACGGACAAGGCUUACUCUGACAUUGAUCCCACAUGGAUGUACAACGUAAGGCAGAGGCAGGUGAUGACCCAGAAAUCCCUGCAGACGACUGCACCUCUGACUUCCUUCACUAGCUCUGACGCCCGCACUCUGCCUCAGUUCCUGUCUGCACACGAGAGCCAGGAGUCUUCUUAUGCUGCAGCUGUGCGUCGCUCUCCAAACCGUGUCCAUGGAUCUCCUUGGAUUGACUCACGCAGCUCCUCGCCAAUCGCCAGCCUGUCGGCCAAACUCUCCCCGCUCCAUCUUGGGUCAAAGGGCAGCAGCCCUUCCAGCACUACGUCAGAGAGCGCCUCAGAGAGGGAACGAGAUCGCCCACUCAGCGCCGGAGCAGUGCACGACCAACGCAGAAACCGCUACUUUGGCAACACAUUAACUGUGGGAGCGGGGCAGGGUAGGGGGCACGCAUGGACCAAUACUAGAGGUAACUAUAUUCAUAAUAAAACUAGCAAAACCUCACGACAGCCAGGGAGGCCACGGUCCAACAGUUACAGUGUCACACCACAGAACCGCCCCUCCAUGAUACCAGGUAUAUUGUCUGUGACAGAAAACCCCAGCGAGGAAAAAGAGGGGGGCAAAACCAGCGACGGAGGGUGGAUCAAAGUGGAGCGACAGAAAAGAUUACCACGUCAAGACAAUAAACAAGUCAGAGGUCGGCCGAGGAGAGGGGGCAGGGGAGGGCGAGGCGGCGGUGGAAGAAGCUAAUAUGGGCCACACAUGAACUGACGGCUUCUUAACAUGUCACGCGCUGAAGGUUUUACAUUUGAAUUAUGUCUGCUUACAUGCUGAAAGAUGAAUUGAUUGUUGUAAGAGAAUCACACUGAUGCCUUCGAUGUAUGUAUGUAUGAACAUAAGGUUUUAUUUUUUAAAAACUGGCUCCUGUCAGGUUAAUAUAAAUGAUUUAUAAGUAUUAUAAAAAUGGACAAUUCAGCCCCUGUUCAUCACUUUCUUCCUUCUUUUAAAUAGCAGAUUACAAUUUAUUUAUCAUCCUGGUUUUUCUCAAGUGAACUAAUAAACAGUUAUAA